AUGAAACGCGACUUAGAGAGCUGUAAAAAGAUAAUUAGGUCUAAAUUGUACGACUACUCGUCGAAGUUCGCGUACCUCGCGGCCGACGACGUGUGGAUAAGCGAUAAAAUACAGCACGUGUCAGAAUUGCUGAAAAGAGCCGUGGAACUGAGAGAAAAUUUAAUAAUAUUGAUCAGAGGGCAGCCUUCUUCCGGAAAAACGUACCUGGUGAGGUCGUCACUGCUAAAUGUACUGUCGAACCCGAAGAACAGCGACGAUGGCGACAAUUCAGCUCGCACACACUUCAUUGAGCUGUGCGCGUACGACUACAAAGACGACGUUAAGUGUCUGAGGGAGCUUUUGAACCAUUUGGAGCAAAUUUUCGGCAUAAGCCGAGACCCAGACUCAUACAUGAUGGUCUCCCAGAUACAAACCGCAAUAUUACACUGCCUCAAGUUGCUGAAAAGGAACAGAAUGUAUCUAAUAAUCGUGAUAGACGGGUUUGAGGCGUUUACGAAGGGCAAAUACGACUGCAGCGCAACCACGGGCUCGUACUCGAGAAGGCAGGGCCUCCUGUACUUUUUGUCUGACUCGAUGCAGCUGAAGGAGACGUGUUUCACGGUGAUUUACGUCACAUCGGACCUCAACUGCCUGGACCGACUUGAAAAAAGAGUCAAGUCGCGGUUCGUGUACGAGCCGGUGUACUGUUUCAGUGACUACGACGUCACGGAGUAUUUUAACGACAACGGGGAGUCCAAAAAGAUCCUUGACGACUGCAUAGUGAAGAUAGAAAAGGACAAAAUGGCGUCGAUGGCGCUCGAUAGCAUUUGUGGCAGGGAUCGCAACAUGAUGUCCAUAGACGUCGGCAUAGCUCUACUUAUGAUGAAGGAGGAUGACUUUAAGGUUAAGGAGGACGGCGGGAAGACGUACAUUCAGGUCCCCGUUAAAAAGGUUAGUUUGAAGUGCGUGUCAGAUAUAUUUGAAACACAGAACGUGCCUGAGGAUAAACUCGUAUUUGAGCACCUCAACUUGCCCGAACAUUGCAUACUGGUGUCCCUCACGCGGCUACACAUAAGAGGGGUGUACCCGCAGACUUUGAACGCAGUUAUAGAAGACUUGAAACAGAUGGUCGCCGAGUUUCCAAAGGAGAGGUUCGCAGUCCCGAAUCCAGAGGGGCUCAGGCGGACCUUUAUGGAACUGGUGAACAACGGACUGGUGGAAUGGGUCAACUACACCCAGAACAACAUAGACAACGUCAGGGUUGAGCAUUCAGUUAAUGACCCCUCAGGCUUUGGAAUGCCGUGCCGGUUCCCGAAAUACAGGGAGUACGUCCGAAUGGACUUGAAGGAGCUUUUGCCAACUCACCUAUCGCAAUGGUUGUCAAUGGCAGAUAGAACACUGUAA